GCCCUUCUCCCAGCCUGGAGGAGCCCGGCUGUCUCCAACUUGGGCGGCCGGCCGCAGGCGAGGAGUCGCCGACUUCCCGGACCGAGAUUCCAGCGCUCGCUGCGGGCCGCUGCCAACAGCGGAGUCCCCGAAGUGCAGCGGCGGCGGCGGCAGCGGCGGGGAAAGCGGAGCCCGCCCCGAGCCACACCGAGGGGAGCCUGCGGUCGCCACUUGCCGCCCCUAAGCACUCUCCGAAGUCCGGCCCGCUCGGCGAGGACUUCCGUCUCCUGGGCGACCCUUGUCAAGCAAGCUGGGCUCUAUGAGUGGAAAGGUGACCAAGCCCAAAGAGGAGAAAGAUGCUUCUAAGGUUCUGGAUGACGCCCCCCCUGGCACACAGGAAUACAUUAUGUUACGGCAAGAUUCCAUCCAAUCUGCGGAAUUAAAGAAAAAAGAGUCCCCCUUUCGUGCUAAGUGUCACGAAAUCUUCUGCUGCCCGCUGAAGCAAGUGCACCACAAAGAAAACACAGAGCCCGAAGAGCCUCAGCUCAAGGGAAUAGUUACCAAACUCUACAGCCGACAAGGCUAUCACUUGCAGCUACAGGCGGAUGGAGCCAUCGACGGCACAAAGGAUGAGGACAGCACUUACACUCUGUUUAACCUCAUCCCGGUGGGUCUUCGAGUGGUGGCUAUUCAAGGAGUUCAAACCAAGCUGUAUUUGGCAAUGAACAGCGAGGGAUACCUGUACACCUCGGAACAUUUUACACCAGAGUGCAAAUUCAAAGAAUCGGUGUUUGAAAAUUAUUAUGUGACCUAUUCGUCGAUGAUAUAUCGUCAGCAGCAGUCAGGCCGAGGGUGGUAUCUGGGUCUGAACAAAGAAGGGGAGAUCAUGAAAGGAAACCAUGUGAAGAAGAACAAGCCUGCAGCUCACUUUCUGCCCAAACCACUCAAAGUGGCCAUGUACAAGGAGCCGUCCCUGCACGACCUCACGGAGUUCUCCCGGUCCGGAAGCGGCACCCCAACCAAGAGCAGAAGCGUCUCGGGCGUGCUGAACGGAGGCAAAUCCAUGAGCCACAACGAAUCCACGUAGCCAGUGAAAGCAAAACAAGACCUCUGUAACAGAACCUUACCUCCAGGUGCUGUUGAAUUCUAGCAGGCCCUUUGCCCAAAAGUUCACAUGUGUCAUUGACGUUUACCAAACAAACAGGCAGAGUUCACUAGUCUAUCUGCCCUUAAACCUUCCGAUCCUCCACACUAAAGCCCCAUAAUUUCUAGAGAGCUUGUGCAACAAACGGCCAAGCAUUAUCAGUGAACUUAAAUCCUGGAGAGAAGGGCCUGCCCAGUUUUUCUCAUGAUCUCACCUGCACUCUGGGGAUGACAGGCAAAAACCAUUCACAGCACUAAUGCUGAUAAAAAUUUGCGCUCCAACCAAGAAAAUAUAAAAGACCACAAUUGCUCUUCAAAAACAAAACAAAAACAAAAAACAAAACACAAAAUUAACUACUUAAAUGUUUUGUCGGGGCAAACAAAACUUCUGUGACCUGUGUUGUUUUCUUGGCUUCCUGUUUUCUAUCUACGCUUGAUUCAGAUGUAUUCUUCCUUUCGUAAUAGUGUAACUCCAUGAUUUCUGAAAUUCAGUGGUUUCUACCAACUUUGUGUCCCUUAAUCCAAAUCAACGAAGUUCAGGGUUGAAUCUGAAUUGGCUUCUCAGGCUCAAGGUAACAGUGUUCUUGUGAUUCUACCAAUUUUUCUUUUUCUUUUUUUUAGAUUUGUAGUGUAUUCUGGUCAAGUUAUCGUGCUGUAUUCUGUGCAUAGAAAUUGAACUGUAUCGUCAAUCCCAGUCAGUACGGAUUACUUAAAAAAAAGAUUGUUCUCAAGUGUAGAUUUCUCUUGAUUCCAUUUGUGUUAUCGUGUUCAACUAUCGUUGUGGCUUCUUGUAUAAAGACACGAACUGUGGAACUGUGGUGUCAUCUUUUGUGUUGUUACAAUAAGAAUUGUCUUAUCUGUAUAUGUACUAGGAGUCCUGCUGCCGUUCUUUUGGCAUGUGAAUAUUGUGUACAAGGAAAUGUUAAGACUGGUUACCCCUAAUCAACAUAUACUUAUACUUGCUUCUGGAAAAGUGUUUAAGACUUAGCUAGGUUUCCAUUUAGAUCUUCAUAUCUGUUGCAUGGACGAAAGUUGGAAUCUUGGCAUAGAGUUGCAUGACAUGUAAGAUUUUGUGCAUUAAUAAUUGUUAAAAUCUGUGUUCCAAAAGUGGACAUAGCAUGUGCAGGGCAGUUUUCUGUCCUGUGCACAAAAAAAGGUAAAAAAAAAGUUGUUUAAUAUUUGUUGUUGUAUACCCAAAUACGCACCGAAUAAACUCUUUAUAUUCAUUCAAAGAAAAA